AUCAAACGUAUAGUUUUGAGAAGACCUUUUUUGUCUUUUUUUUGCAAAAAAUAAUUUAAUUUGUAAACUUGAAUGUUAUGGUUCGUAUUUGAAGACAUUCAAUGAUUAUAGUGCUUUAUAUUAAUUCUGUUAGUUUUUGUUUUGUUAGUUAAUCUAUAAUUAUGAUUUAUUUUUCAUAAAAGUUCAAAACUUUGUAAUGAGGAAAAAUCCCCGAUUACCUAUUGGGUAACACCCCGUUACCCAUUGGGAAUGGGGAUGGGCAUAGGUUUUUAAUCCCCGAUGGGGAUGGGUUCGAGUAUGGGUAUGGGGAUGAGGAACACGAAACCCGGUUGUAGCCCCUGCUUCGUCGACUUUGCAGAUUACAGAUGGCCGACCGGGCAAGGCGGAGGCGCCUAUGGUGAGGAGCAGGGCUUUUCAACUGACAACCGAGGAGGCUUGUGCAACAUUAGAUGUGGUGACGGGGUCGUUCCAUGUGAACAGUAUCUCUUUUAUGGUUCUGUUUGAUUCGGGGGCUACCCGAUCCUUUGUACCUCUCGUGCUCAACAAUAGAUUUUCCAAUGCUCCGGGGGAACCGGAAUAUCCAUUAGAGGUUGAGAUUGCUGAUGAUCGUCCUCUGCGAGUAUCGAGGGUUUAUCGGGGUUGUCUUUUGGAGUUGUUUAGUGAGCGGUACUCGACUGAUUUGGUUCCUAUUCCCCUCUGUGAGAAUACGGUUAUUGUAGGGAUGGAUUGGAUGAGCCCCAAUGAGGAAAUGAUUGAUUGAACAGCAGUUGAUGCGUAUUCGGACCCCAAGUGGGGGAAAGUUGGUGAUUCAAGGAGAGGGUGUUCAGCAUGGGCCGGUUCUAUGUUCAACAGCUAGGGCCAGACGCUAUAUUCAGUAGGGUUGUUCCAGAUUUAUUGCCUAUGUUAUGGAUACCCGGGAGAAGGGUAAAUCGACCGUUAUCCUUCAUAAGAGAUAUAUUUUGUAUACGAUUCUAAUUUUAACAACUCUUAUGAUUUUGGUUUUUAUAUAAUUUUAGUUUUAGCUAGACAGUCAAUCAAAAUCCACUUUUACAUAUUUUUUAUGAGACAAAUUACAAAUAAGGUUAUUAGCUCCAGAUUUUAUAAAUUUUGAAAAGGU